AUGGGAGCGUACGACGAAGACCUGAGUUUGCCGGAUAAAUCCGCGGCCGGUGCUCCGACGAACGAGCUCCGACUCAGAAAGCAUCUCUACGACAGCGUUCGCCGAUACAGCAAACUCGAUCCUGUAAUUUUCUCUAAUUCCUCCACCUCGGUCUAUUUCCGGAAUUUGUAUCUGGGACGAGUGAUGACGAUGACGCUCUGAGUGACACAAAUGGUAUAUCCAGGAGCUAUGCAAACUGUUCAGAGGCUAGAAACUUUCCAGGGAAUGGAGCUUGAUAUUGAUAGAUACGAUCUUCAGACUGUGAGACAUGCUCCAGGACUUCUCCAUGUGCCUUUCAGUCCGACUUUUGAGCGUGAUUUCCUCCCAAGAGCCAUUGGGUGUGCGUGGUCUCAAGAGUUAAUGGGUGCAAACAUGAUUGACCAUGUCAAUGUUCAUGCUCAAAUGCUGAAGAGAGUGAAGGAUAAGAUACUAGCUAGGACUGAAUUUUCACAGCUGAAUUUCUGUAACGAGUAUGUGGUUCCAAAAGCCAAAAAAGCUCAUUCCACAUCAGUUGAAUCAUGCACUCCCGGAAAAAGACAGAGAGAAGAUGCAUCCGAUGAAGAGCAAGCAGAUGCACUGCAAGAAGAACUGAAGCGAGGCAAGAUGGCUUUGUUUUGGAAGCCCAAACCUUUGGAGGACUCCUAUCUAUCCAAGCCGAAAACAGUGAAGAGGAUGACACAAGUUGCAGGAUACAUCAGAGACCAAGAGGAUCAUUCAUUAUGUUGGGCCUAUAGCCUUGGCGAUCUGAUUAGCGCGAGCCUUAUAUUGCAUGGUUUUGAAGAUGAUUACAAACCUUUGUGCGCCUGGUAUCUAUGCAGCAAUGUUCGCCCUGACAUACUUCAAAGAAAUCUGGAUAAACAUCCUCCAUACACAGAUUUAGAGAGAGAUGGUGUGUGCAGCUGUUAUGGUUUAGGCUCUGAGGAGGGAUUGAGGUAUGUGCAGCUACAUGGAAUACCAGAAGAGAAGUUUCCCAAAUUUAACUGCAACCGAAAGCGACCAGAAGAUCCCAACGAGAAGUUCCAUCGCAUCACAGAUGUUUUCAGGUAUCCUACGUUGGAGCUAGCCCUAAAACGGCUUAGGACUCAUCCAGUUGAAGCAAAGCUGAUGAUUUUUGAGGGAUGGACAGAAAAGGAGAUUUACCGUGGCCCCAACAAAAAAGGUGCAAAAUUCCUAGAUAAUCACGGUGUACUAAUGCUUAGCUGUGAAAAAAUAAAAGGCGAGAUGGUGGUGCGUUGCAAGAGCAGUAAUGGUACCAAAUAUUUUUUUGACGGUUACCUCUUUGUUUCUCUGGAAGUGAUGCUCAUGGUUUUUGCCACGGAGGAGGAUAGUGUGACCAACGACAAACCACAAUACCUCCUAUCUAAGUUCCUAUCGAUAGGCAUGGGAGCUGGUGAAAAAGGCCUGCAAUUCAAGGAAUUGCCAAUUAGGGCAAAAAAAAACAUGAAGUAUAAAGUUGACUUGAAAUACCACGAUGGUAAGAAAUUACCUCGAGAGACAGAGUGUGAUUCAGAAGCUCCAGCUCCAGAUCGUAACGUCUUUGCACUCGAGCUGAUCUUCAUCGAACAGUCUACACACAUCCGAAAGUUCUAUUUUCUUCCUUUCCUGUAUGCAGCAAAUUCCUUUUGCUUCUUUAUAAACAUUUUGUGCUUCCACAAUUUUCAGUUGGACGAGACAAUCCUCAAAACUAUUGAAAACUCUUCACGUCCAGAGCUUGCAGAAGCUAGAGAGCUUAUACUAAGAAGGCAAUUGUACCAAUUCUGUAACGAGUAUGCGGUUCCAAAAGACAAAAUGGAUCAUUUCAAAUCCGUCACUGCUCAAGAUAUCAUCUGUUCUCAGAAACAUUCUAGCUUAACGUUGAGAGAAGAAGACAUCGCUGUUGCAAACGUCAAGAUUGAUUUAGCUCGUGGAAGAGAAAACCCUCUUGAAUGCAUCCACUUCUUCAAGGAUUAUGAGAGCGAGGAGAAGUUUGUGAUACCUGAGGAAAGAGUUAGUCACUUGUUCCCAACAACAUUUCAAGACAUGAUAGUCAGAGUCUAUGCCAAAAAGCCAGAACUGGUGGAAGCAGUUUCUGAGGCAUUUGAGAAUUUCCAAAUGAGGACGUAUGGAAUCAAAGCGCAAGUCCACGCAACUCCUGAGAAAAAGAAACGCCGCUUCAUGUAA